AUGGUCAAAUCGUUGUUUGAUAUUUGCUUAUCGGCGGUAUGCCAAAAUCACUUAGAUGAACAACUUGCAUAUCUGCCAACUGUUUGCAAGCAACGACUACUGGAAUUCUUCUCUUCACAUGAUCAGCUGUUCUUAGCCAAUUGCAUUCGAUUGGUAUCGUCAGGAACACUUGGGUCCAACAUAACGCGCCUGAACUUCUAUCUUAGCGAGCAGCUAACCGAUGAUAUUCUGGCUGCAAUUGCUGAGCACAAUCACGUGUUGGAAGAAAUUGCUAUCAUAGACUGUCAGAAUGUCACCGAUCGAGGUAUUAUCGCUAUAACCAUAGGCCAAAGCUGCCUUCAGAAAUUAGAACUACGUGCUUUGAAGACACUGACGUCAUAUGGAUUAAGCAACAUUUGUUCAGUUUACCUGCACACCGUCGAUCUCAGUUCCUGUCCCCAGAUUACCAGCGAUGGGAUAUAUCAAUUGGUUUACCUGAAUCGCAACAUUAGAUGCCUUUACCUGAAUCACUGUGAAGGUCUUUGUGAUGAAGGCUUGUACUAUAUUGCACGAUAUUUGGGCGAAAAUUUGGCUGUAUUAGAGUUGGAUUUCUUACCAAAUCUUUCUGAUCCUGGAACAACGCUCUUCAACUUAAGCCAAAAUUGUCCGAAUAUUAAACAAUUAUCCUUGUGCCGAUUUUUUGAGGCUGAAUCAAUUAUUGAUGAGCUUCCAGAAUAUAGGAUUGCGGGUCUUGACUUACGUGAUAUUGAUCUAUACGGGAAUUAUUUUUUCACUUUACCAAUGUUACCGCCAACAGUUAAAAGAAUACGACUGUCGGUAUGUGGCGAUGAAAAUGUGCACGAUCUCAUCUCAAGGCUUCGUACGCUACCACAGUUAACCAGCAUUUAUUUACAGUUGACAUGUAAAGAUCAGAGUUAUCGUGCUACAGAAAACGCCAACAGACUCCUAUGCUCAUUUAUCCCAUUCAUGGGCGCAAAAGUCACCAGUCUACAAAUUUCUCUUCCUCGAUUAGUCGAUACAGCAUUUCGCCUUAUAACGCAGUGUCUCCCCAAUCUUACGCAACUUGCACUCGACGUCAAAAACAUUAACAACAAGCUGCUAAGGCGUUUUUUCUGUGGCGGCAUAUGCUCCCCCGGAUCUCGCUUAACAACACUGAAAUUAUGUAGACUCCACAUCACUUAUCGCGCUCUGUUUGCAAUCGCCAGGGGUGCACAUUCCAUCUCGGACUUAGAAACGUCUCAUAUGUCCUGCGUCGACGACCGUUUUCUUGUGCUUCUGGCAGAUAAUUGUAAGCGGCUACGAAACGUCAAUUUCAACGGCUGCAAAUUCGUAAGCGACAAAGGUCUCGCAGCUCUUGCACGAUCAUGCUGUUUGAAAGAAGUGCGAAUACGAGCUACAUCAUGUACAGAUAAAUCCAUCUACAUCCUGGCUCAGUUCUGCCCCGAUCUCGAAUGGAUAUCACAUGCAGACUUUAGUGGACGUCCUAAAUUCAGCGACCAAGCUCUACAGUGUCUUCGGGACUCUUGUAUACAAAGAGUUAUUUGUUGA